AUUCAUCGCCAGCAACAACAACAUUGGUGAAAAUUUGGCAAAAAUAUUAAAUUUAAAGUAGAAAGUCUGAACUUUUUUAAAUUUUGAUGGUAAAAAUAUCGCCGAAAAAUGUCUGAAAAAUAUCUGAAAGUCGGACAACGAGUGGAAAUCUCAGGAAAAGAAGUCCACGGAGCGAUUGCUUAUGUUGGUCUCACCAGUUUCGCAACAGGAAAAUGGGUUGGAGUCAAAUUAGACGAGCCAAAAGGGAAAAAUAAUGGAACCAUCAAGGGACAAACUUAUUUUACUUGUGAAGAAAAUCACGGAAUGUUUGUCCGAUCAUCACAAUUAGUAUUUUUGGACGAUAAUGACGUUCCGAUUCCCGAUGCUAACAAGGAAGUAGCAACGCCGGAUGAGAAACCACGUUCGAUUUCACGUCUCAGCAGUGUCAAACGAGGUCCGAACAAGCAAAAUGCUGGAUCUAUGAAGUCAUUGACGUCAAUUCCUGCAGCGAAACCAACAUCCGUUAGAAGGAAAUCGCCCAUUAAGAAUUCGACUAAAAGGAGUAUUACUAACCUAACACCUUCGACUUCGAGCUCUCGUUUGUCACUUUCAAGCAGUCGUCAGAGCCUUGCAGGUUCCCGUACGCAACUUUCUCCGCCAGAAAAGGACCAAACGCCUCCAAAAGCGGCACCCGUCAGCUCUAAUCCAAGCUCUGCUGAGAAAGAAAGUCUCAACGUUUCUCGUCGCCCGACGCCAAGCGCCAUCAGCAGUCCUCCCGAUUCGCUCGUGACAUCAAAACGCGCCUCGUUUGUCGAAACAAAUUUCUUCGAACCCUUGAAAAUUCCCCAAUUCACGCCAGGUCCCGCAACAACAACGCCAAUUAUCACGUCCGAGGAUAAGCUGCAUGCGAUGCAACAACAACAAGAAAUCGACGAUCUCAAGAAGCAAGUGGUCGAUUUGACGGAAAAAUUGGAGUUUCAGAAGAACAAACGGGCGGAAGAUCGCGAAAAAUUGAAGGAAUUCGAACGAUUGGCGACGCAAUACGAACAAGCGCAAGAAUUCAAGUCGAAAAUCAUGGAUGCUCAAACGUCGUUGCAGCGAGAAUUGCAAAGGGCACGACAUGAGGCGAAAGAAGCGAUUGAGGCACGUGAUCGGCAUAUCGAGGAAAUGUCAGAAUUGACGGAAAAUGUCGAAUUAAUCACGUUAGACAAGGAAAUGGCGGAAGAAAAAGCGGAAACACUUCAACUGGAGUUGGAUUUGAUGAAGGAAAAGGUCGAAGAACUGACUCUCGACUUGAAUAUUUUGCGCGAAGAGAUGAAGGAACGUUCCGUUACGAGUACCGAUGGCUCGGGCAUCACAAGUUACGAAUAUAAACAGCUCGAACAACAAAAUGCACGACUUCGCGAGACUUUGGUACGUUUACGGGACUUGUCAGCGCACGACAAACACGAAAUUGGCAAGUUGCAGAAGGAAUUGGACAACAAAAAAUCCGAAAUUGCCGAACUUCAACGCACAAAAGAAAAGUUAUCGGCAAAAGUUGACGAGUUAGAAGCUCAAGUCGUCGAUUUGCAGGAACAUGUCGAUGCGGCGUUAGGUGCCGAAGAGAUGGUUGAACAACUUGCCGAGAAAAAAAUGGAACUCGAGGAUCGCAUCAAGUUACUCGAAGACGAAUUCAUGGAAUUGGAGGCUUUGGAGGAAGUUCACAACCAAAUUAUCGAGUCAAAUCACGAGUUGGAGCUCGAAAUCCGCGAGGAGCUUGACAUGGAAGCCGCUCGUCGUGAAGCGCUUCACGAAAAAGAUGCCGCAUUGGAAACUGUCAUGGAUCGCGACCAAACAAUCCUGAAAUUCCGUGAACUUGUGCAAAAACUAAACGAACAGUGUCAAGAAUUGCGGGAAAAAGUGAAUUCCGACGCGAAUAAACCCUCGUCGAAGGAUCUCAGUGAAACGAUUGACUUCAAACAAGUAUUUGCCGAGUCGAAAGCUCAUACCCGAGCCAUUGAUUUGCAAUUGCGUCAAAUUGAGCUCACACAAGCGCAUGAACAUUGCAAAUAUUUGCUCGCUUACAUGCCAGAGAACUUUUUGGCGCGCGGAAAUGAUCAUGACGCGAUCUUGGUGAUACUUUUGGUGUCGCGUUUGGUCUUUAAAGCGGGAAUUGUCGUCAGUUCGGCACGCGAUCGAUUCUCGCCCGUUGCUACAAUCGAUCGAAACGCGAUUUUGAAUGAACAUGAUGUGCAUCGUUUUAGUUUUCGUUCGAGGCUUUUGCAUCACAUUCAUAAUUUGCAGUCAGUUAUGCAUCAAUUCUUGUAUGCUUUAGGGGCUUGUUCGCCAGAUACGCUGCUGAAAAUUGGCGGUUCGUUGCCCGAAAUGAUCGCGCAAGAAAAAACGUUGGAUGGAAUCGUUGAGCUGCUGAAAAAUAAUCAGCUGGAUGAGAAUUCGUCGACUGAUAAUCUUGAAAAGUGCGUCGCUUUCUUCCACGCCAUGCACUCCGUCUUGCUCGCUGGCGAAAACUUAACGAACGAGACCCAAAUGGUUCGCGAUUACAUUCAAGCCAUUUCCGCAGCUUGCGAUGCAAUCUCCACAGAUGCCAGUAUUACGCAAACUCUCAUAAAUGGCGCCGAUGCCACAAGCGAAUCGGGUUUGUUGAUGCAAUUCAUUGUGCAAAAUAUCGAAUCGAUCAAGCAACAAGUCAAACUCGUGAAACGUCGAUUGCCCCAAGAUGCGACAAUUACCAAGUGCAAUCUUUCGCCCAAAACUCUCUUGAAUUUGCGCGCCAUCUCGGAGAGUCUCAACAAAGUCAUGAACGUUUUGUACACCGUGUCGAAGCAAACGAUGCUCUACGUGAGUCUCGAGUCGGAACCUGACUCGACAAUUCCUCACGAUAAACUUUGGGAACAUUUGUCGAACACGUGCGAACGCGUUUACGAACAAGAAGAUUUGGGCCCCUCGCAAAAUAUCCGCGAAGUACUUAACAACACAAACCUGAAUAUUACUCAGCUGGCGCAAUAUUUGCUCGAUCACGAAUACGAAAUUCAGUCGGCGAAGAAUACGGACAAGACGAAUCCUCCGAUUUUCGAACGGGCGACUUUGGUGAAGAAACAAAUGGAAGAAACGAAAACGCUGACGGCAACUUUGGAGAAUCGCGAGGCCGAAAUUCGUCAAUUGAAGAUGGCAGCGAAGUUAAAACAAAACGAAUUAUCGGAAAUGCAAAUCCGCAAAGACUUGGCGGAGAAAAAGUUGUCGGUGUUGCAAGUAGAAUUGCAAGCAAGCACCUCAAAAUUGCAGAAACAGUACGAAGAAGUCACGGAAUUACUGAAAAAAAAAGAGAAGGAAUUCGAAGAAACAAUGGACCACUUGCAAAACGACAUCGACUCUCUCGAACUCGAGCGUAGCGAUUUGCGUGACAAGCUCAAAAAUUACUCAUCCAGCAGCAAAAAAGGCGAUCUCAAGACAACUACCGUACUCGAUAUUAGUGCCAGCUCUCCGUACAUCGCACAAGAGUUGUCGUUGCUUAAGAAGGCAUACAAUGACGAACGCGCAGAACGUCUCAAACUCCAAGCGAGUGAACUCAAGAAAGUUUUGGACAACUUGGAGCCCAUUUACGUGCCGAAACCCAAGGAUAAUCGCAUUGAUGAGCUCCAAAAACAAUUGCACAAAGUGAAAUAUGAUUAUGUUAUGUCAUUAGUCAAAGGAGGUGAAAUUCCGAAGGCAAAAACGAAACAUGCAAAUCUCUCGAAACUCAUAAUGGACAAGCAAGAACAACAGAAACAACUGAAGCAAGAGGUAAAGGCAAAAGUUGAGUUCUUGGCGGCGGAAAUAGUGAAUGAAUAUAUCCAGAGGAAGCCAUUUAGGGCGAACAAAGGGGAUUUUGCACAAUUUCCAUCAAAUGAGUUGUCAAAGGUUUUUAGAGUUGAAUUGCGUUACAUUAUUUUGUCGCACGACGAUAUCGACGAGGACGAAUCAUCGGCCGCUGGCUCCUCAGCGAUAGUCAUUUUGCCGAUUUUCUUGAUGAUGGGCGAAAUAUUUGGCGACUUGACGAAUCGACUGCCCGGCGAAAAGGUACGCGUGUUCAGAUUAUUUGUCUUUUUGCGCCAUUCGACACUUAACAACGAGUCAUUGGACGAGUUGAAGGGAGAUCCGUGGAAGAAACUCUCACUUAUUCCGAGCAUUGGGGUGAUGGGAGAACUUUUGAAGAAAAUGGAAGAAUUACCAUCGACAUCUGCAGAAAAUGAUGAAAAAAGUCAAAAAUCGUCGGAAAUGGAGACAAACGAGGAUGAAGACAAGGAACUCGCGAAUUUAGUAGAUGCGGAAGAAUUUAUUGAGAAAAAUGGCGUUGGGAUGUUGGAGUUUGAGAAACAAAUGUUUUUGGAUGUUUUGCAUUCGGAUGCUUUGGUUGUGUGUGCAAAGGGAAUUUCGUAUGAACGAGUACUAGUGAACCUCUUAAAAGUUUAUUGUGAUCCAGGAAAUUUAAUUUUGGUCGUCAACAGCACGGAUUACGAAGAAAAAUUUUAUAAAAAGGAACUUGACACUCAUUUGGUGUACGAAUCUUCAACAAAUGCUAAUGAAAGAGAACGCGUUUACUACCAAGGCGGCAUCCAAUUCAUAUCGACCCGAAUAUUAGUUGUCGAUCUCUUGAAAAAGCGAAUUCCCAUCGAACUAAUUACUGGAAUCUUCGUUUUACGAGCUCACAAAGUCAUCGAGUCCUGCCAAGAAGCUUUUGCACUCCGUCUUUAUCGACAACACAACAAAACUGGAUUCGUAAAGGCAUUUUCCAACUUUGUCGAAGGUUUCACUCAAGGAUAUGGACAUGUUGAAAAGGUCAUGCGUAAUUUAUUCAUCACUGAACUCCUGAUUUGGCCCCGAUUUCACGCUACCAUCCAAAAAUCCUUGAAACCGUUCGAACCUCAAGUCAUCGAAUUUCACUUGCCAAUGACGCAAAAGAUGACUCUCAUCCAAACGUGCCUUCUGGACCUCAUGGGAUUCUUGGUAAAGGAGAUAAAACGUUUAAAUCGCUUUGCGGACCUCGAAGAAUUAUCCGUGGAAAAUUGUGUCACGAAACAAUUUGGAAAAAUUCUUCAAAGUCAAUUAGACACCAUUUGGUAUCGUCUCAGCUCGCAAACGAAACUUUUAAUUGCUGAUUUGAAGAUUUUACGAAAUUUAAUGUUCGCUACAAUUCAUAACGAUUCCGUCACUUUAUUCGCUUUGGUGAAGCAAUAUCGAACCACAAACUAUGCCUUAAAGAAUUCUGGAUGGAUUUUACUCGAUUCUGCCGAACAAAUGUUUAAUUUGGUCAAACAACGCGUUUACAACAAAGAAGGUGAAUUCGAUCCGGAACCGUGUCCCAAAUGGAAAGCUUUAUCCGACGUCUUGAGACUCGAAAUCCCCAACGAUAUCAAAGAAACGAUCAAAGCUGCGAAGAAAGAACGGAAAAAAAUCGACAAUUCCCCCGUAAAAGUGCUGAUUUUGUGUCAAGAUGCUCGCACGUGUUACCAAUUGAAUCAAUAUUUGACACAAGGACCCGAAAAAUAUCUUUUUUACUCGGCCAUGAAGAACGACGUGACUUUACAAAAGUUGUCGAGUAACUAUUUGAAGAUGAAAAGUCUCGAACGGGAUCGUACCAAAGUUCAAAUUGAGAGUGUCGAUGCUUAUCGAGGCCAAAAAAGACAGGAAAAGUCCGUUAAUGUUGAUGAAAAAGCCUCGGGACCUUCUUUAAAGCAGCAUUUCUUGAAGAAAAAAGCUGAAGAAGCAAAGGAACAGAAUCAAGAAUCAACGGAAAAGCAAGAAAUGGAGGAUUUACUGCUGAAAGACGACACAGAAGACAUUUUUUAUCGCGAUUCCUACGUUCUUACCAUGUCCCAAAAGGACGAAGUUGACUUAAAUUUGGAUGAAACGUUCGAUACUUCCCGCUCAGACGAUUUAUUUUUCGAAUCGUUUGCGGAAAUGGAACAAAUGGACAUCACAUCGGUAGUUGCGAUGACCUCAAAGCCCCUUGUGUUCAUCCAAACCUUCAAAUCGGAGCAAUAUGGCUUCGUUGCCUUGGAUAAAGUGCUCGACGAAUUAAAACCGCGUUAUAUUAUCAUGUAUCACUUGAAUGUCACGGCAAUUCGUCACAUUGAGGUCUUUGAGGCACGCAUGCAACGCGAACAGGAAGCACGAUUAAAGGUCUUUUUCCUGCUUCACAACAAAACUGUCGAGGAACAAGCUUAUUUGACGCUUUUAAGACGCGAAAAACAAGCAUUUGAACUGUUAAUUGGCACGAAACAGCACAUGGUGAUCCCAAAAUAUCAAGAUGGCAGGUCCGAUGACAUCUUGGCGCAAAUUCAGAAGGAAAUUGCCGAAGAAGCGGGCACUUCGACACGCAAAGCUGGAGGUCAAUUAUCGCAAGCGGCACGAACAAUACCAAAAAUUAUCGUGGAUAUGCGGGAAUUUCGCUCGGAUUUGCCCUGUUUGAUCCAUAAAAGAGGGAUUGAAGUCUUGCCCGUGACAAUAACUAUUGGAGAUUACAUUUUAACACCUGAAAUUUGCGUGGAACGAAAAUCAAUAUCAGACUUAAUUGGAUCCCUUGCUUCAGGUCGACUGUACAACCAAUGCGUACAAAUGUCUCGUUAUUACGCAAAACCCAUUUUGUUGAUUGAGUUUGACAAAGACAAACCUUUUCAUUUGCAGCGUCAUUUCAUGGUUUCCAACGACACAAGUUCCAACCUUGAAAUUAUGCACAAAAUUCAGUUGCUCACGUUACAUUUCCCAAAACUGAAACUUGUUUGGUCUCCGAGUCCUUAUGCCACAGCGCAACUUUUCGAAGAGCUAAAAAUCAACAAAGAAGAACCGGAUCCGGAGACAGCAGUUGCUUUGGGGUCAGACGAUGCCCUCAACGAUCUCGAUGUCAUUUCGGAAAAAUAUAACCAGAAUAUUCAUGAUUUUUUGUUGAAAUUACCGGGAAUUAAUUCUUUAAACAUUGGAAGAGUACUGAAGCAUGGCGGAAGCUUAAAACAACUCUUGAAACGAUCCGAAGAGGAAUUAAAAGAACUCGUUGGCAAUUCAAUCGACGCUAAAUUACUUUACGAUGCCUUACAUGUCGAAGCAAAACCACCCAAAGACGAAGUUAAAGUAGGAAAAAGUACUCAACCGAAAUUCAAACGAGGUUUCGGCGAAAAAUUUAAGUCUUAAAAGUCAUUUUUUGUAAUGUGAAUCCUUAAAUCUAAAUAUUUUUUGUUUGUUUUUAUAAAAUAAAUGUUAAAUUUUUGCAUCAA